UGUAGAUCAGUAUAUUGCUAAAAAGUAGAAAAAACAUUUUUUCUUACUCUUCUCUGUGUUAAGUAGUGUUUUCAUUUAGUCAAUCAGUUUCUUGGAGUUAAGAGUGCUGGCGUUUGUGUUUCACGUGUUUUGGGCUUUGUUUAGAUAUGAGUGAUAUUGAAAAUAAUUGGUUUAGAGAAGUACAAAAUGAUUUGUGGCCAGGACAGUCGUUUUCACUUAAAAUAAAAAAAAAGCUACAUGAAGAAAAUUCCAAAUAUCAAAACAUCAAAAUAUUUGAAACGGAAACUUAUGGAACUUGCUUGGCUUUGGACAACAUCAUUCAAUGCACAUCUCGAGAUGAAUUUUCCUAUCAGGAAAUGAUUUCUUUUCUUCCUCUAUGUAUACACCAAAAACCUCAAAAAGUGUUGAUUGUUGGUGGAGGAGAUGGUGGCGUUGCACGUGAAGUGGCUAAACAUCCAUUAGUUGAAGAAAUUCAUCAAGUCGAAAUAGAUGAUAGAGUAGUAGAACUUUCGAAACAAUAUUUACCAAAUAUGGCUUGUGGUUUCAAAAGUCCAAAAUUAAAAUUAACUAUUGGAGAUGGUUUUGAGUACAUGAAGGCUCACGAAAAUACAUUUGAUGUUAUCAUAACGGACAGCUCUGAUCCAAUUGGACCAGCUAUUUCCUUAUUUCAAGAAAAUUACUAUAAAUUAAUGAAAACUGCUCUUCGGCCCAAUGGGAUCGUUUGUGCACAAGGAGGUAGUUUUUGGCUGGAUUCUGAAAACAUUAAAAAUACAAUGAAAAAUAGUAGCAAAUACUUUAAAACGGUUAAAUACGCUGUAACUUCUGUACCGUCUUAUCCAUGUGGUCAUAUUGGCUUCGUUAUUGCAAGCGAUGAAGAUAAUGUCAAUUUCAUUUCUCCAGUACAAAAAUAUAAUUCAUCAGAACUGGAUUUAAUGGGAUUAAAAUAUUAUACAUCGAAUGUACAUUCUUCAGCUUUCGCUUUACCGCGUUGGAUUGAAAAAUAUUUAUAUGAAUAAAUCGUGAUGUGAUGUAAAAUAAAUUUAAAACAAUAACAAA